AUGGAUAAAGCCUUAACUCCAGAAUAUUUGGACUGGCAUGCUAAAUUGAUUGAUUCACCAAGCCAUUUGACAGAUAAAAUUCGUUCAAGCUUAUAUAGAGCAUAUACGGAAGAGACUGAGCUUGAUCCCUGGAUAAAGUCUGAAGCUCCUAAAUCCUCACAAAUUAGUAAAAUUAGCAUAACUAAUCCAAAUAAGAUUUAUCAGCUAGAGGCUGGCUCACACCAAUAUGCCAUUAAACAUAAAAUUGAUCCCAAGAAAUUUUCAGUCAUUACUGAGACUGAAAAAAAAGAUAGGGAAAGACUAGUCGGUGAAGAGUUAUUAUGUCGCAGUAUACUAAAGAGUGGUUUAAGUAUUGCAUGGCUCGAUAAUCUUAUGGAAGAAUGGGAAAAAAUUCACACUCAAUUU